AUGGAGAAUGCAGAGGCGUAUGUGAAGAGCAUGCUUGAGAAGCAUCGGAUCAAGAUUGACAUACAUGCAAAGAUCGAGGAGCUGACUGUUUCUAACAAGAUAAACGAGUUUAUGCCGCUGGAGACAAUAUACAACGUUGUUCUUCUGAAUCUUGCAAAGGAAAGCGAGAUGUACAAAUCCGUUCUUAACGGAGCACAUGUGUUUGAUAUAGAAGUGGAUGUUAGGGACACAAGACGAGUAUACAGCACUGAUGGGCUGAGGAAGGCGGUGGAAGACAUAUUUGGAGAACGAGCAAGAUACGUAUAUACAUGCUCCCUGGGCAAGAAAACACACUUUGUUGGGAUCAAGCUUGGAGAUGAUGCAUACACGCCGGUUGAUUUGUACGACGGCCCUGAGGAGGCCAUUCCUUACUUCUUGCUGGUAAACGGCCUGCGGAUGGACUUCAAUGUGAGUGACUUUCGGUGGAAUGAGAUAGUGUUUGGGCAUCCUGCAACGGAGGAUGAGCAUGCGAAGUAUGUUGAGAUUACUGAGCAUGUGAAGAAGAUCCGGAUCCCUGUUGCAAUAAUUGACGACGAAGUGGGAUGUCUUGAGACAUCAGUCACAAACAUGCAUGUGUGCUAUCUGCACUGCGGAUCGCAUGAGAAUUGGCCCGAGAGCAAUGAUGCACUGAGAUGUGCAAAGACGGCACUGUACUGCCUGAUAUACAAGAAAAGCAAGUACAGGUGUGCAAUAGGAUACGACUAUGUGCUUUUGAAGUACAGAGGCUCGUUCUUCAAAUUCCACAUUGUGGUCAAGAAAGACAAGAACACCGAGUUCAGAAUCAACAGAAGAAUAGCUGAUGUGGUCAACGAGCAGACACAUGUAUUUAAGAAAAACGUUGUGAGCGUAAAGAGGUUUAUGGAUAGCCAUGGAUACUUCCCUGUCUACUUUGAUGAGAGGCUUGUCGAGCUUUUGUGCCUGAUGAUUGGUAAGGAAAUAGCGUCGUUUGGAAGAUUCUUCAGUGAGUUUCUUGCGCACAAGGUCAGGCUUGAUGGAUGCACAUUUGACCUGGAGACAUUCAAGAUCACAGAGAACAUGGCAAAAAGGUUUGAGGUCACGUAUAAGAACGAUGUGCUGUCGAUUGGCACUCCUCCAGAAAAGGUUGUGCAGCGACUGAAUGCAUUGAAGAAAAUAAUAGCGCUGAAUAAGCCGGUGCUGUUUGACAAUGACUUCCGGCUACUGACAAAGAGCCUGCUGAUGCCAUCGUUCAAUGAUUAUGACUUUGUGCUGAGUUUGUUUGCAAGGCCAGAGUUCAGCGAGAUCAAAAGUGCAGCGGAGAUGCCGUUUGUGCUUGGAACGCCUGUUGUCAGCGAGUUUCUGCAUGCAAGCCUUAAGAAGAAGGCAUACCUGUUUUACUCGCAACGGCAUUCGGUUCUGAUGGUGAAGGCAAUUGAUGGAGUAGAUCCUUCCGAGCUACUCUGUGUGCUGGUGGCGAAGACUGCAUUCAAAUACUGCCUGAAGAGGUUCUGA